AUGUCACAAUCAGAACAGCGCAUCCUAGAUACUCACAUCCACCUCUGGCCCUCAACAGCAACUUCUUCUUCGGACCAUGGCUGGAUGACACCCGACAACGCCCUCGCUAAGCGUCACGGCAUUUCAGACUACCUCUCCAUCACAUCACCCCCACCGUCUGGCUUCAUAUACGUAGAAACUGAUCGAUAUCUGCCUUCCGCGUCCCCUUCUGACAUUCCAACGUCAUUCUUCUCCAGCACACCCACAGCCGAAGCCAAAGAAGCCGUAAAGGCCAAACUCUCGGAAUGGGCCAAACAGCCACUCGAGGAAAUCAAAUUCUUGCGCCGCAUCGCCGAAGCGCAGCCCGACCCCGGCGACGGCUUUAGUGAAGCAGAAGCACAGAAAAUGAAGGGAUGCGUCAUCUACGGUCCUCUGCAUCUUGCUCCACCCGUAUUCACGACGUACCUCGAACUCGCGGAAGAAACUGCGGGGCCCGUGCUCUGGAGCAAGGUCGUGGGAUUCCGGUACUUGCUCCAAGGAAAGGGCGAGGGCGUUGUUGCUAGCAUGUUGAGCGAGAACGAGGAUGGAUGGAUUAGCAAUCUGGCGGCUUUGAGGCGGGGAAGAGACGGGAAAGGGUGGUGCUUUGAUGUUGGCGUCGAUGUGCAUCGAUAUGGGUAUUCGGCGAUGGAUGCGGUGGGGAAGUUGAUUAGAAGAGUAAGAGAGGUUGAAGAAAGUGAAGGUGUGGGAAAGGGGAGAGGAGUUAGAUUUGUGAUUAACCACCUCGCCAAACACCCCCUCUCCGUCUCCUCCCCCACUCCUUCCCCCCACUGGCUCUCCGCCCUCUCCGCCCUCACCCCAGACCCCCAACUCUCCAUCAAACUCUCGGGCGCCCUAAACGAAUUCAAAGACGCCCCCACCCCCGCUGAUCUCCCCACCCUCCUCACCGCGCUAUCCCCCUUUCUCGACCACGCCCUCGCCUGUUUCCCCCACAGAGCCAUGUUCGGCAGUGAUUGGCCCGUGUGCAAUGUGGGGGGUCCGAGUGGCGAAGCGGGUAAUUGGGGCCUCUGGAGGGAUCUGCUGGGCUUGUGGAUGCAGGAGAAGGGGUUGGGUGAGAGGGAGAGGGAGAGCGUGUGGUGGAGGGCGGGGUGUGAGGUUUAUGGUGUGGAGAUUUAG